ACGUCGACUUCUGUCCGCUCCCUCCACUCCUCUCGUGCCAAAUACUUGACUUGUUCAACACUCCACCUACCGGAAUGGUGAUUUCAUCACUGAUGCUAUGGGGCAUAGCUGUUCUAGUCAGCUAUCUCGUAUACCAACACUCGAGCCAAAAGAGCCGGCGCAAACUGCCCCCAGGCCCGAAGCCGCUUCUUCCCAUUCUGGGAAACAUCAAAGACUUCCCCCCCGAUGGCAUGCCCGAAUACCAACAUUGGCUAAAGCACAAGAGGCUUUAUGGUGGCGUCAGCUCCGUGACAGUUAUGGGCAUGACGCUCGUGAUAAUCCAUGACAAGAAAGCAGCACGUGAGCUGCUGGUGCAGACCUCGAGCAAGACUUCAGGGCGGCCCACCAUGGUCAUGGCGAACAAGCUGUGCGGCUAUGAGUCUAUCGUCCUCUGCCAGGGUUACACCCCUACCUUUCACCGCUAUCGCAAAUACCUCCAGCAAGAGCUUGGCACCAAGGUGUCUGCAGCGCAGUUCCGCGACGCUCAAGAGAUUGAAGUAAACCGGCAGCUUGUGCGAUCGUUGAAGGAGCCUGAGAAAUGGCUGGAGCACUUCAAAACCACUGCUGCCGCCACCGUCUUGAAAAUGGCCUACGGUUACGCUAUUGAGCCCAAUAAGCCUGACACCCUGGUCGACUUGGUCGACAAGAUGAUGACCGAGUUCUCGCUCGCCGCUGCCCCUAUGGCUUGGGCCGUCGACAUUAUUCCCGUCCUCCAGUAUCUUCCUGACCAUUUCCCUGGUACAGCAUUCAAGAAGACAGCUCGCAAAUGGCGAAGGUCCAUUCAGGCGUCAGCAUAUAUCCCAUACCGGUUUGUACAGAGCCAAACGGCUAGCCCUAACUACCGACCGUCGUACGUGUCGAAGCUUAUCCAACAGCUGCAAGGAGAAAAUCCCGCCAAGUUAAGCAAGGACGAUGAGGAAGCUAUUAUCUGGUCUGCAGCAAGUCUUUAUGGUGCUGCCGCAGAUACUACUGUGAUUACUCUCACCGUCUUUACCUUAGCCAUGCUCAAGUUCGAACAUGUGCAGCGCAAGGCUCAAGAGGAGAUUGACCGUGUGGUCGGCAGAGACCGCCUGCCCAAUUUUGAGGACCGCGAGAAGCUGCCAUAUGUCAAUGCCUUGGCCAAAGAAGCCACGAGAUGGUGGCCCAUUGCGCCGAUGGGUUUCCCUCAUACGACGACUGAGGCCUUCGAAUACAACGGCCUCCAUAUCCCCCAGGACGCAAUCCUCCUCCCUGCUGUCUGGUGGUUCAUGCACGACCCAGAGGUAUAUGAAAACCCAGAGUCAUUCAAUCCCAGUCGCUUCCUCCCGCCUCGAAACGAGCCUGAUCCCGUGACGGAUGUUUUUGGCUACGGUCGCAGAAUAUGCCCUGGACGGUUCUUUGCGGAUUCGAGCCUCUACCUCAGUAUUGUGCAGUCGCUGGCCGCUUUCACCAUUCGCAAGGCAGUGAGUAAGGAUGGAAAGGAGAUUGAGGUUGAUGUUAAGCCGAAACCGGGCAUCCUGACCUACCCAACUGAGUUUGAGUUCCAAAUUAAGCCGCGAACUGAGGAGCAUGUGAAGUUGAUCAAAGAGGUUGAGCAGCGGUAUCCUUGGGAGGAAAGCGACGCUAAGCUUCUUGACAGUAUAGAUGACUUCGAGGUUAUGUACUAAUACUGCAUAUACUUGUAUCUAGAAUUACCCUAGCUAAAAGUGAGUCAUAGGUAAUGACUAGAUGUUGCUACCAGUGCACUGUUAGGUUCUAUACCACGCCGCCAAAAAGAAGAUCUAGCGAUGAGAGAAUGUAGGAGACAUUUGAGUAUCGCACAAUAAAUCUUAUUGGAAGCUCUCGAGUUAUCCUUCUCUAAUGGAUUUCCGAGCUCCAAAUUUGGGUCCACCGAUCAUUCUUAUAUUAAUGCGAUAGUCCAAUAUCUCAGCUCCUCAAUGUUCCCCGGGGAAUUGAUAAGACCAAGGUCGGGUGAUACUUGGGCUCGGAUAUCGCUGGAUUCCUUGCGAAGUUCUCUAAAAGAGCGUUGAUCUACUUGCUGGCCGUGUCAAUAACUCCGAGACACUUCUGUGUGAGUCUUUGAGCAAGGGUAUGGACUGGCUCCUAAAUUCUUUCAGUGUCUGCCGGCUUCACCGCGCUGCAGCCCAU